AUGGGAACGCGCGCUGCGAGGUCCGGAGGUCUGCGCUGCGAGGGCCGGAGGUCCGCGCCGGGUGCUGAAAACCCGGCGCGCAGGCGGCUGGCUCUGGGCGCGCGCCAGCAAACCCACUCCUGCAGCCCGCGGACCCCGAGCACGCGCCUGACAGCUCCUGCCGGGCCGGCGCGCAGCGUCGCCAAGCCAGCCAUGGCCCCCGACCCGGUGGCCGCCGAGACCCCGGCUCAGGGACCUACCCCGCGCUACUUCACCUGGGACGAGGUGGCGCAGCGCUCAGGGUGCGAGGAGCGGUGGCUAGUGAUCGACCGUAAGGUGUACAACAUCAGCGAGUUCACCCGCCGGCAUCCAGGGGGCUCCCGGGUCAUCAGCCACUACGCCGGGCAGGAUGCCACGGAUCCCUUUGUGGCCUUCCACAUCAACAAGGGCCUUGUGAAGAAGUAUAUGAACUCUCUCCUGAUUGGAGAACUGUCUCCGGAGCAGCCCAGCUUUGAGCCCACCAAGAAUAAAGAGCUGACUGAUGAGUUCCGGGAGCUGCGGGCCACAGUGGAGCGGAUGGGGCUCAUGAAGGCCAACCAUGUCUUCUUCCUGCUGUACCUGCUGCACAUCUUGCUGCUGGAUGGUGCAGCCUGGCUCACCCUUUGGGUCUUCGGGACGUCCUUUUUGCCCUUCCUCCUCUGUGCGGUGCUGCUCAGUGCAGCUCAGGCCCAGGCUGGCUGGCUGCAGCAUGACUUUGGGCACCUGUCAGUCUUCAACACCUCAAAGUGGAACCAUCUGCUACAUCAUUUUGUGAUUGGCCACCUGAAGGGGGCUCCCGCCAGUUGGUGGAACCACAUGCACUUCCAGCACCAUGCCAAGCCCAAUUGCUUCCGCAAAGACCCAGACAUCAACAUGCAUCCCUUCUUCUUUGCCUUGGGGAAGAUCCUCUCUGUGGAGCUUGGGAAACAGAAGAAAAAAUAUAUGCCAUACAACCACCAGCACAAAUACUUCUUCCUAAUUGGGCCCCCAGCCUUGCUGCCUCUCUACUUCCAGUGGUAUGUUUUCUAUUUUGUUAUCCAGCGAAAGAAGUGGGUGGACUUGGCCUGGAUGAUUACCUUCUACCUUCGCUUCUUCCUCACUUAUGUGCCACUAUUGGGGCUGAAAGCCUUCCUGAGCCUUUUCUUCAUAGUCAGGUUCCUGGAAAGCAAUUGGUUUGUGUGGGUGACACAGAUGAACCAUAUCCCCAUGCACAUUGAUCAUGACCGGAACAUGGACUGGGUUUCCACCCAGCUCCAGGCCACAUGCAAUGUCCACAAGUCUGCCUUCAAUGACUGGUUCAGUGGACACCUCAACUUCCAGAUUGAGCACCAUCUUUUUCCCACGAUGCCUCGACACAAUUAUCACAAAGUGGCUCCCCUGGUGCAGUCCUUGUGUGCCAAGCAUGGCAUAGAGUACCAGUCCAAGCCCCUGCUGUCAGCCUUCGCCGACAUCAUCCACUCACUAAAGGAGUCAGGGCAGCUCUGGCUAGAUGCCUAUCUUCACCAAUAACAACAGCCACCCUGCCCAGUCUGGAAGAGGAGGAGGAAGACUCUGGAGCCAAAGCAGAGGGGAGCUUGAGGGACAAUGCCACUAUAGUUUAAUACUCAGAGGGGGGUGGGUUUGGGGACAUAAAGACUCUGACUCAAA